AAAGUCGCCUUUCCAUCCAUUAAUUGGUGCCUGGGAGGAAGUUUUGGAGUUCAAGUUCAAGAAAACCCACGAAUUACGAAAAUGGUUAACUUGGGAGAUGUUUUUCCAGACUUCGAAGCUGAAACAACUAUCGGCAAAAUCAAGUUUCAUUCUUGGCUAGGAGACUCAUGGGGUAUCCUGUUUUCCCAUCCAGCUGACUACACGCCAGUAUGUACCACUGAGCUUGGAAUGGCGGCCAAGCAGGCACCAGAGUUCAAAAAGCGUGGCGUCAAGAUGAUUGCUUUGUCAUGUGACUCUGUAACUGACCACAAUGGUUGGAUUGAGGUAUGUCUGCAGGUUAUUGUAAAUUAAUAUAUAGUUCUCCCU